AUGGAGAACUAAUAAAUGAGCGAUUUAUAGCAAGCUAUUUCAAAAAUAGAAGCAACUUAAUAGAAGCUUAUUGAUUUUUUGUCAAGCGGGCAAGAUAUAUAGAUAUCUAACAAAGAAUAUAUGCAUUGUUAUGAUCUACUUUGCAAGGUCAACUUUAAUAGGCAGAAUAGAGAAGAAAUGCAAUUAUUUGAUUGGUUUUCUCAAUAAAUGGAAUAAUAUCUAGACAAUCAAUUUUAGAGAAAAAUUUAAGUGCUGACAGGUGAGGAGUAUUUAGAAAAAGUUAAAGAAGAAUGGCAAAAUUUAUAAUUAUAUUUAUUUUGGCUAAAAUUCAUCUUUACCAAGUUUGAUUAGUCUUACAAAGCACUCCAUGGGUAAUCUUUAUCUGGAAAGACUUUUACGUUGCUGAGAGAAAGAAUAUUUAUAAGAAAUAAGGAGAUUAUAUAUUAAAUUAUAUUUGAUUUUUUAAAUAAACACAGGGAUGAUCUCUAAGUUCCCUUUUAGCUGAUAGUCAAGAUUUUACAAUAUUUUGUUGAGCUUGGGUAUGCUGAGAACGUUCAAUUAGUUAAGUAUAAAGAUCUUUAAGGUUUUUCAAAGUUUGGAUAUGUAUCGUAGUAGUGUAAAGAAGAUUUGAGUUAUUAUAGGGAGCAUUUUGAACAGAGAUUAAUUGAUAAUGCAAAAGAAUACUGGAAUAAAAAGAGUGCUUAAUGGCUUGAAGAUUUUUCUGUUCCAGAAUUUGUAAAAAAUGCUAAAUACGCACUAGAAAGAGAAAAGGAAAGAUCUUAGCAAUGUUUUAAGUGGAGUUAUAAGCUCUACAUGGAUACAUGUGAAAAGGAAAUUAUAUCAAAUAAUGCAAAAGAACUUAUUGGAAAUAAGUCAAGUGGAUUAGCUAAUAUGAUUAAGCAAGAUAAGUAUUAAGAAAUUUAAGAACUAUACAAUUUAAUGAAUUAUCGUAGAGAAGAUACGAUUUCUAUCUUAUCAUCUGAACUUAAUAGCUACAUAAAGACUGUAGGAAACGAUAUAAAUAAUAAUGAGUAACUGAACAAAGACUCAAAAGAAUAUAUUAGGGAAGUAAUUAGCUUUUAUAAAAAAAUUGAUGGUAUUAUAAAGGAGUAGCUAAAUAAAGAGUAAGACAUUCAAAUGGCUAGAGAUAGAGGAUUCAGGGAAUUUUUAAAUAAAAAUGAUAAAUAUAUUUUCUUCUUAGCAAAGCAUUGUGAUUAGGAGCUGAGAGUUGGUAUGAAAGGAAACAGUGAAACAGAAAUAGACGAAAAACUUUAAGAUAUUAUUGAUAUAUUUUUGUGUUUUGAUAGCAGAGAUUCUUUCAUUACUCACUACCAAAAAUUUUUAGCAUUAAGACUUUUGUAAGGAAAUACCCUUUCAGAUGAAAAUGAGAAAAAACUGAUUACUCUUAUUAAAAAAGAAAUGGGUAAAUCUACUACCAAUAAGUUAACUGAAAUGUGCACUGAUAUGGUUGUAAAUUAAGAAACAAUGAACGACAUAAAGAAAAAGAUGAAAGAGAUAGACUCUAGAAAAUGUGAUGAAAUAGAUUGGAAAAUUACCAUUUUAACAAGUGGACACUGGACCAUACAAAAAGAUAUUCUUGAUGUACCAAAUGAAUUAAUUUGGAUAGCAGAUACUUAUAUCAAGCUUUAUAAAGAGAAGCACAAAGGUCGUAAAAUAGACUGGGCUUUCUCCCAAGGAAAUGCAGAAAUUUCAACUAAAUUUGAUAAAAAAUACACCUUAGAUGUUACAAACUACUAACUAUUGAUCCUUUUAAUGUUCAACAAGGCAGAUUCCUACACUUUCAAAAAUAUUUCCGAUGUGUUAAAAAUUCCUUUGCCUGAACUCCACCUUAAUCUAAUAACCUUGUGUAAACACAAGCUUUUUAACAGAGAUAGCAAAAAUGACCUAAGUGAAUUUAAAGAUGAUGAAGUGAUCAGUGUGAACACAAAGUUUAGUUCAAAAAUAGUUAAAAUAAAAAUGCAUCCUAAUCCUGAAUUAAAAAAAGCAUUGAAAAAUCAAGAAAAAACAGUAAAUGUAAAUGAAAAUGAAAUCGAAGGUGAGUUAAAAAAAUUAAGAGAGCAUUAAUUAGAUGCAUGCAUUGUAAGAAUCAUGAAAUCUAGAAAAACUUUAGCUCUUAACGAUUUGAAUGCUGAAGUUGUAAAACUUAUUGGUCAUAUUUUUAAACCUUAACCAUAAUAGAUUAAGCAAAGAAUAGAAUCUCUUAUUGAAAGAGACUAUCUAAUCAGGCAUAUUGAUGAUAGAACAAAAUUCAUUUACAAACCAUGA